AUGGGAAAAAAAAGGAAACUUGGAACUAAAGAUGAUGAAUUUGAAUUCGAUCCAAUACCGAGACAUUUAGUAACUUCACAUAUUAAAAAGCAAGAGAAACGUCUGAUUGUUAUUUUGGAAAAUGCUCAGCUUGAAACAGUAAAGACAGGCAACAGUUUUGAGUUGCUGAACUGUGAUGAUCAUGCAAACAUUUUACGGAAGAAUGACAGAGACCCUGGGUCAUGCAGGCCAGAUAUAACUCAUCAAUCGCUCCUAAUGUUGAUGGAUUCCCCACUGAACAGAGCUGGUCUCUUGCAAGUUUACAUUCACACAGAGAAAAAUGUCCUCAUUGAAAUAAACCCACAAACCAGAAUACCACGUACCUUUAAACGAUUUGCGGGUUUAAUGGUUCAACUUCUACAUAAAUUUGCAAUACGAGCAUCAGAUGGUCCAAUGAAGCUACUAAAAGUUAUUAAAAAUCCCGUCACAUCACAUUUACCUGUUGGUGUCAGAAAAGUGACAAUGUCCUUUAGUUCUACAGUUGUGAAAAACUGUAGAGAAUUAGUACCAAAAGACGAACCAAUUGUAAUGGUUAUCGGAGCCAUGGCUCAUGGUAAAGUAGAGGUAGAUUAUUCCGAAGAUGUUAUAUCAAUUAGUAAUUAUCCGUUGUCAGCGGCAUUGACUUGUGCUAAGCUGUGUACAGCUUUUGAGGAAGUUUGGGAUGUUGUAUAA